AUGGCCACGGCACCUGCGGCAGGAACCGCUUCGUCAAAGCAGAAGCUCAUGCACAAGUUAAGUAAGUCAGCGGGACAGGCCAAGGUUGGGAUCAUCAAGUCUGUGAAGAACAUGCAGAACCACAUCGAGAGAAAAGACUCGACACACUCGCAGGACAAUGGGAAAGGGGGUGUACAG